CGCAUGCGUGAUAGUGGUUGUCUCGGGGACGUGCGUUUGACCGCAGCAGUGUGUUUAGGUUUAUAACUCUACAUGUUUUAAAGCUGAAUAUUAAAGAGUUAAUUCGGAGAUUAUGUUGGGUUUAUUUUUUAUUUAGCGGUGGUGUUACUAAAGACAGACCUCUCCGUGUGAAUGUGUGUAUCUGAGUGAAGGUGUGUGUAUCUCAGUGUGUGUGUGUGUGUGUGUCUGUGUGAGUCAUGCGUCUAACGUCUCUGCUCGCCAUGGCGGCGAGGGCUGCGCUGCCCCUUGAUUACCGGUACGGGACGAACAGACCCUGGACCGUUGCGGCACGGAGGCUGAACCCCCCGGGGAAGAGGAGGAGGAAGGUGUUCGUGGACCCGAUCGCUCCUGAGGAGUGGAGUGUGUUCAGAGGAGACAUGGUGGAGAUCCUCUCAGGUAAAGAUAAAGGGAAACAGGGAAAAGUCACUCAGGUCUUCCGCCAUCGGAACUGGGUCAUCAUCGAGGGCCUCAACACGCACUACAGGUACAUUGGUAAGUCUGGAGACUACCGAGGGACGUACAUCGGGAGUGAAGCUCCGCUGCUGCUGAAGAACAUCUCACUGGUCGACCCCACAGACAGAAAGCCAACAGAGACGGAGUGGAGGUUCACAGAGGAUGGAGAAAAGGUCCGGGUGUCGGUCCGGACGGGCCGGAUCAUCCCUAAACCCGUCUUCCAGAGGAAGGACGGCAUCAUCCCACAGCAGUGGAAAGAUGGACCGAAAGACACGUCUCCCGAGGACGCGCUGGAAAAAACGUACACUCCAUCACUGAAGACGCUGGAGGAGGAAGUGAUGGAGAAAAUGAACAUCCAGGAACCGAGGAGACCCCGAAAAAGCUUCUGGUACUGAGACAUACGUUGGAGGACAGCGGCGUGCUCUGUAUACUGUAAUGACAUCACGGAUCUGCAAUAAACAUGUGUUUGUACAA